ACCUAUAAGGUUCAGUAAUGAACCUGGACCUUCAGACACAAAAGGUCGGUACUGCAGUCUGAGACCAGAGUCUCCAGGAUCCAUCUGUCUGUCUAUGAAGAGUGACUGGUCCAAAGAUGAACCUCCAAAGUUCAGUAAUGAAUUUGGACCUUCAGACACAAAUAGAUGCCGGUCUGCAGGAGGUCCUAGAUGAACAUAAGAUCAGUCUGAGGAGCAGAUGUGAACAUGUGACUGAAGGAAUUGAUGAAACAGGAAGUAGAACCCCCCUCAACAGGAUCUACACGGAGCUCUUCAUCACAGAGGGACUGAGUGAAGAGGUUGAUACCCAACAUGAGGUGAGGCAGCUGGAGACAGCUUCCCGGAUGAAGAGCCUCCAUGACAUUCCAAUCAGGUGCCAGGACAUCUUUAAAGCCUUACCUGACCAACGUGGAGCCAUCAGAGUGGUUCUGACCAACGGCGUCGCUGGCGCUGGGAAAACCUUCUCGGUUCAGAAGUUCUCCUUGGACUGGGCAGAGGGCUCGGAGAACCAAGACGUCACCGUGGUGAUUCUGCUCUCGUUCAGGGAGCUGCACCUGAUCAGAGAUGAGCAGUUCAGUCUUCUCAGGCUGAUCCAGGUUUUCCAUCCAUCAUUACAGAAGCUCACAGCAGAGCAGCUGGCUGCCGGGAAACUGUUGUUCAUCUUUGACGGCCUGGAUGAAAGCAGACGUUCACUGGACUUCAACAACGGUCCGGUCGUGUCUGACGUCACACAGAGCUCAUCGGUCAACGUGCUGCUGACGAACCUCAUCCAGGGGAACCUGCUUCCCUCAGCUCUCAUCUGGAUCACUUCCAGACCUGCAGCAGCCAAUCAGAUCCCUCACAAACACGUGGACAGGGUGACAGAAAUACGAGGCUUCACCGACGGCCAGAAGGAGGAAUACUUCAGGAGGAGGUUCAGGGAUGAAGAGCGGUCCAGCAGCAUCGUCUCCCACAUGAAGACAUCCAGAACCCUCCACAUCAUGUGUAAACUCCCGGUCUUCUGCUGGAUCACUGCUACAGUUCUGGACCACCUGUUGACCACGGAGCAGAGAGGAGAGCUGCCCAAGACCCUGACUGACAUGUUCUCCCACUUCCUGCUGGUCCAGAUGAAAAGGAAGAAGAACAAAUACCACAAGGGACAUGAGACGAGUCCACAGGAGCUGACGAAGGCUGACAGGGACCUUCUCCUGAAGCUGGGGAGGCUGGCGUUUGAACAUCUGGAGAAAGGAAACAUCAUGUUCUACCAAGAAGACCUGGAGCAGUGUGGUCUUGAUGUCCCAGAGGCCUCGGUGUACUCAGGAGUUUGUACCCAGAUCUUCAGGAGAGAGUGUGAGGUCUUCCAGAAACCCGUCUACUGCUUUGUUCAUCUGAGCAUCCAGGAGUUCCUGGCUGCAGUCUACGUGCUCCACUGUUACUCCACCAGAAACACAGGUGUGCUGGAGAACUUCCUGGGAGAAGACUACACAUACUCAUCUCUGGUUGACUUCCUGGAGAGUGUCUUGUGGAAAUCCCUGGAGAGUAAAAAUGGCCACUUGGACCUGUUUGUCCGCUUCCUUCAUGGUCUUUCUGUGGAGUCCAACCAGAGACUGUUAGGAGGUAUGCUGAACCAGAUGGAUAACGAUCCAGAAACCAUCCAGAUAGUCAUAGACAACCUGAAGGAGACAAACACUGAUGAAAACUCUCCUGACAGAAGCAUCAACGUCUUCCAGUGUCUGAUGGAGAUAAACGACCUCUCAGUUCAUCAGGAGAUCCAAGAGUUCCUGAAGUCAGAGAACAGAUCAGAGCAGGAACUCUCUGAGAUACAGUGUUCAGCUCUGGCCUACAUGCUGCAGAUGUCAGAGGAGGUGCUGGAUGAGUUGGACCUGCACAAGUACAACACAACACUAGGGGGUCGACUGAGACUGAUUCCAGCUGUGAGGAACUGCAGAAAGGCUCGAUUUGUUGGUUGUGGACUCUCAGAGAGUCACUGUGAAGUUGUUGCGUCCGCUCUGAAGUCCAACUCCUCCCAUCUGACAGAACUGGACCUGAGUUGGAACCACCUGGAGGAUUCAGGAGUGAAGCUUCUGUCUGGUGGACUGGAGAGUCCAAACUGUAGACUGGAGACUCUGGGGUUGGAGGACUGCAGUUUGACAGAGAUAAGCGGUUCUUCUCUGGGCUCAGCUCUGAAGUCCAACCCCUCCCAUCUGAAACAUCUGGACCUGAGUCUGAAUGCCCUGCAGGACUCAGGAGUGAAACAUCUGUGUGGUUUCCUGAAGAGUCCAGACUGCAGACUGGAGACUCUGAGGUUGAAGGAAUGCUGGUUGUCGGAGAUCAGCUGUUCUUCUCUGGUCUCAGCUCUGAAGUCCAACCCCUCCCAUCUGAAACAUCUGGACCUGAGUCAGAACCACCUGCAGGAUUCAGGAGUGAAACAUCUGUGUGGUUUCCUGGAGAGUCCAGACCGCAGACUGGAGACUCUGAGCUUGCAGUGCUGCGGUCUGUCAGAGAUCAGCUGUUCUUCUCUGGUCUCAGCUCUGAAGUCCAACCCCUCCCAUCUGAAACAUCUGGACCUGAGUUACAACGAUGAGCUGCAGGAUGCAGAUGUGAAGCAGCUGUCUGAUCUGGUGAAGAGUCCAGACUACCAGCUGCAGACUCUCAGAUUAGAAGGAUGGUGGGAAAAGAACAGGACGGUGUCUGUGCUGAGAGGAUGAGACGUGUCCUGAUGGUCCUCAGAGGUUGAAGCAGAACCAGUUUGUGUGGACAAACUCUGACUGGACCGUGAUGAAGAUGAGGAUGAUGAUGAUGAUGAUGAUGAUGAUGAUGAUGAUGAUGAUGAUGAUGAUGAUGAUGAUGAUGAUGUACAUAGUUUCUUAAUUCCAGCGUUGUACAAACUACCAGCGUUCUACUCAUAUAUUCAUGUAUUUCACGUUAAGUCAGAAAGUCUUUAUUUUUAUUAUAAAUAUUGGUAAAAAACAGUACAUCAAAAUGUAACCUUUAAUUUGAACUUGAGGUCCGUUCGACACUUUUUCCUCAAGUGCUUUGUCUAAAGUCUGGAUGAGUUCUAGUACAGAGGAGCCUACUACUAAUGUACUCAUGGAUAAAUGUCUACGCUGCCGCGGCGGAGCUGCUCAACAAAGCAGCCAUCUCCCCCGCCGAGUCACAAGACUCCCCCGGUGUUUUCUUUUUAUUGACAUGUUUCCGUUUCAUUCCAAGUUUUCCUUUUGUUGUUGUCGUGUUUUCAGCUUUGUCAGGUUUUUUUAAAGUUUCUCUCUCCGGGUCACUGAUGAAGAGAGAGAGUGAACGUUUAUUCAUGAAACACAAAACACAAAUGAACUUGGUCAAUGAAUGUUCCUCAGAGUUUGUUCCAGUAAAUAUUGUACAUGUUUUCUGGAUAUUACGAUGAUUGUUAACACUUCAAAGAAAGUCAAAAUUCUUCAAUAAAACUUGGAUCUUUUCUUUUGUUCAGUUUACUGAGGUUAAUAAGCUUGUCUGUGAUUAUUCUCAGUACCAGGAGCGUCAGCGACCAUCACAAGGCACUUUUUAUUCUCUUGUUCACCAUCAGCACAAACCGGUUGAAUCUGUCCUCCCCGAAGAGCCUGUCAGCGUUGUCUGGUACCCUCUACGGAGCCACGAAGACGGUUCUGAUGUAUUUGAACCCAG